UGACUCAAACGAAAUCACUACACACUCAAAAAACACACACACCAAACUUCAUUACCGCCGUUAAUGGCGGCAUCUACAGAUACAACGGCAGCAGCACCGUCGUCGACUCUACGUCACGCCUCCGGUAAUAUCCUCGCGUUCUUUAUUCUCCUAUUGAUCGGCGUACUCGCAUUCUCGAUCCGUCUUUUCUCGGUUAUUAAGUAUGAGAGUGUUAUUCACGAGUUCGAUCCUUAUUUCAAUUACAGAGUUACUCAGUUUCUCACAAAGAGCGGGGUGUAUGACUUCUGGAAUUGGUUUGAUGACCGGACAUGGUAUCCUCUUGGGCGAGUCAUUGGUGGAACGGUUUACCCUGGAUUGACUUUAACAGCUGGAACUAUGUGGAAGGUACUCCAAAUGUUGAAUAUUCCUCUAUCGGUGGAAACUGUUUGUGUAUUCACUGCUCCUGUAUUCUCUGCCUUUGCUGCAUGGGCAACAUAUCUCUUGACAAAGGAAGUUAAGGGAGUAGGUGCUGGACUAACAGCAGCAGUUCUUCUAGCCAUGGUACCAUCCUACAUAUCCCGAUCAGUGGCUGGGAGCUAUGACAAUGAAGCCGUAGCCAUCUUUGCUUUGAUCUUCACCUUCUAUUUAUACAUAAAGACGUUGAACACAGGAUCUCUUUUCUAUGCUACUUUAAACUCCAUGGCAUACUUCUACAUGGUUUGCUCUUGGGGAGGGUACACUUUUAUUAUCAACCUCAUACCAAUGCAUGUGCUUCUUUGCAUUGUGACUGGUCGCUAUUCACCUCGGCUAUACAUUGCAUAUGCUCCACUUGUUGUCUUAGGAACGUUAAUGGCAGCAUUAGUGCCUGUUGUUGGUUUUAAUGCAGUCAUGACAUCAGAACAUUUUGCAUCGUUUUUGGUUUUCAUUAUUAUUCAUGUGGUUGCUCUUGCAUAUUAUAUCAAAGGAAUUCUCUCACCAAAGAUGUUUAAAGUAGCUGUCACCCUUGUUGUAUCAGUUGGCCUGGUGGUAUGCUGUGCUGUAGUAGCUGUACUUAUAGCAGUGGUUGCAUCUAGUCCAACAAAGGGAUGGAGUGGACGAAGUCUAAGUCUUCUUGAUCCAACAUACGCAAGCAAGUACAUACCGAUUAUUGCAAGUGUUAGCGAGCAUCAACCACCUACUUGGCCAUCUUACUUCAUGGACAUCAACAUAUUAGCAUUCUUGGUUCCCGCUGGAAUUAUUGCAUGCUUUUCACCGCUAUCUGAUGCAAGCUCCUUUGUGAUUCUUUAUAUAGUAAUGUCGGCAUAUUUUUCCGGGGUCAUGGUACGACUAAUGCUUGUGUUUGCUCCAGCUGCAUGCAUAAUGUCUGGAAUUGCUCUUUCUGAAGCCUUUGAUGUCUUUACAAGAUCAAUUAAAUUCUAUGCAUUUCAAGCAGUGGAUACGGUAUCAGUUAGUACUGUUUCUCCGCAAAAUAAUGUGGUGGAGACAGACAAAAAAGAAGACGUGUUGAAGGAACGGCCUUCCAGGAAAAACAAAAAGAAAGAAAAGGAGACUGUCGAAAAGCCGCUUAAGAAAUCCGAAAAGGAAAAGAGGCCCCUAAUCUUACCUGUUGAAGCAUCUGCAAUUGCUCUCUUCUUAACUGUGUUGCUAGGUGCCUUCUAUGUGGUCCAUAGUGUUUGGGCUGCAGCAGAGGCAUAUUCAGCUCCUUCAAUCGUUCUUACUUCUCAUACGCGCGACGGGCUUCAUGUUUUUGAUGAUUUUAGAGAGGCAUACGCAUGGUUAAGCCAUAACACUCAUGUAGAUGAUAAAGUUGCAUCUUGGUGGGACUAUGGUUACCAAACAACUGCAAUGGCUAACCGCACAGUUAUCGUUGACAAUAACACAUGGAACAACACACAUAUUGCUACCGUCGGUACUGCCAUGUCAUCUCCCGAAAAAGCAGCUUGGGAAAUUUUCAACUCUCUGGAUGUGAAAUAUGUCCUUGUUGUUUUUGGCGGUCUUGUCGGCUACUCCAGUGAUGACAUAAAUAAGUUCUUAUGGAUGGUUCGUAUUGGAGGAGGCGUCUUCCCACAUAUCAAGGAGCCUGAUUAUCUUAGAGAUGGUCAAUACCGAAUUGAUUCUCAGGCCACGCCAACCAUGCUAAACAGCCUCAUGUACAAACUAUCAUAUUUCAGGUUUGUUGAGACUGAUGGUGGUAAAGGAUACGAUCGAGUAAGGGGGACUGAAAUUGGAAAGAAACAUUUUAAAUUAACUCAUUUUGAAGAGGUGUUCACGACUCACCAUUGGAUGGUUCGGAUAUAUAAACUAAAACCUCAGAGGAACAGGAUUCGGGGGAAGACAAAGAAAUCUAGAUCAUCGAAAAUGAGCUCGACGAAAACAAGAACGAUAACGAAAAAGAAUCCUUGGCAUUAGGCGUUAAGGGGUGUGCCCGAAAGCAACUAACAAGAGCUAUAAGAUCCUUUUUUGUCAAGUGCUACUAUCAAACUUGAAAAUGUGUUAGAAGAGAGACUGUAAGGAUCUUAAAAAUCCAACAAACUUGUGUUGGUUUACACCAACAAUAACUUGUGGCAAUGAUAGAUUUGGCUAGUGUAAACUAAAAAGUGAGAUUAUAAUGUAUUAGUUUUUUGGCGAGAAUCCUUUCACCCCACUGUAAGACAUAAUAGGUCUUUUGGCAUCAUUCUCUAAAAUACAACAAAACAUAUAUCAUACUUUAUCAACA